CGUAGCGCGAAUUUUAAAUCGCGUUAACACAUACUCGCUAAAUGUCACUUCAACAAUCUUUUAACGCCCCGCCGCUCUAUUUUCAAGCUUCUCUAUUUUUACCGAUCGACUAUACAGCUUGACGGGUGGAAGGUAGUAGGAGAAAUAGAAGCACCACUAGGAGGGGAAGGUCUAGUAAAUAAGUAACCUACGAAUGCGAGAACUGCUUCAGUCCGCGUUACAAUUAGUUCGACCGUUUGUCGUUAAUCGUAAAGCUCGAACGAAAAAUCCCUUUCGCGAUGGUUCGUUCCGUUUAAUCGUCGAAAUGAUUACAAUACAGGGCUGUUUCUUUUACAAUCAUUGUUACCAUUAAUCGAAGCGAAAAAUUGCAUUGUUUUGCCUGUAAUCUUUUUACGCGCCAAUCCAAAAAAAAAAAAUGGAUCGUGCCGCGUGUUUAGUGUUAUUCGCCUUGCUAACCGCGUUCGUCGGCAAUGCCGCGGCAUCGUGCAGAAAAGUGGCGAAUGAGGACAUGUCGGAAUAUCUCUGCGAGGGUGGCCACCCCUCUGAGUUGGCCACCGUACCCGAGACAACCGAGAAACUGCGAAUCGUCAGGAUGCCACUUCGCAGCAUAACCGCCGACACGUUCUCGAGAUUCGGCGGAAAUCUUUUGGUAUUGAGCUGCUCGCAAUGCGAGAUUGACGACAUCGAUGCGGACGCCUUUCGACGCCUCGUCAAUCUUCAGCAACUCAGCUUGGACAACAACCGCUUAACUACCGUGAGAGCGUCAUGGUUCGAAGAUUUAGACGAGCUGACGUAUCUUGAUCUCAAUUACAAUGAGAUACGCGACAUUGAAGACGGUGUCUACACGAAUCUACCCAGUCUCGUGGACUUAAGAAUCUCGGGAAACCGACUGCGAUGUCUGAAUCUCGAUGAGAUGUCACGCUUGCGGGAACUAAAGCGCAUAUUCCUCAGCGAGAAUUCCGAGUUUGCCUGCCCGCAUGCCGUCGGCAAGUUCCUUGAGAAUCAGGGCGUUGAUUUCGUGGAAGAUCCCGAGUGGAGAAGACUUACCAGUGACACAAUCGAAGUUCAUGUCCCACCGAGGGGCUACGUGGAAGAAGACAGAGAAAUCGUGCCAGCGUAUCGCGAAAGGUUGCACCCUGAUAGAAAACCACCUCCAGAAUCGGAAGAACCUUACGCGACGAGAGACAAGACGUUUUUUCCAGCCAUUCCGGAGCAUCGUGCGCGCCACAGGAAACCGUCAACCACGACCGUACGGCCAUGGACACCGAAGCGACAGGACGAAUUGCCCUUGCCACGAGUGGAACCGAUAUAUCCGGACACAAGUUCCUCGCAGGUACCAUCGGAGUCGUCGUCGCAUCAGGUAAUACCUUACACGUACUCGACGUCGGAAACGUCGCGAGCGCAGCCCUCGGAAGACAUCAGGAUGUCGGGAACUGACGGACCAUCGCGAACGGAACACAUCUUAAUGUAUCCCCCAUAUCCGACCUACGAAACGACGCCCUAUUGGUCGUACCCAACGUCGGAAAGAACACGAGUACCACCCGUGGUACCAUUAUCGGAAGACAACGGGAUAGCGGGAACUGAUAUGCCACCGCCGCCACCAACAUACCCGCCGUACAUUCCAACGCGCGAAACGAUGCCUUAUCCAUCGUAUCCCACGGAGAAAUCACGAGUUACAGGAUCUUCAGAGGGCGAAACGGUAGGAGAAUCAGGCAGAUCAUCGCAGGCGGGAAACACUAUGACGUAUCCACUGUAUGCCACAACAUCCGACGGUAUCGAAAGAACGCCGCAUGGGUCCAUUCAAGUGACGCGACCGUCCGAUAUUUCGGACAUGAUUAUUUGGUCCACGGAUGACUCAAUCGAGCAUUCGGUCGAUUCGCCUUGGGUGCACGAACGUCACGAGCAAUCCCGCCGUCCUGCUGAAGAGACGACCGACAGAACGACAUGGUCGACGAAAACGCCGUAUUACGGGCACGACCCGCGUAAAAUGAUUGUCGAAGAAACAUCGUAUAAGCCUAACGUCGAAGACGACCUGAUCAUCGCCGUGGAUCCCGUCGAGUACGAUCGACCGCAGACUACGACGGCAUCCGGCAUGCAUUAUGUUAGACCCUCGUCACCGGAACUGAUGCACUCACCUUCGACGGACGAGUUCUACCAAGCUCCGUAUUACGAAUCGACGGUCACCGUACAUCCACCGUUGCAGAAUUAUCAGGAUGGCAACGGGAGGGUGACUGUAGUUCGACCGAUAACGACGGCCAAGCCGACCGAGUGUCCGGAGAAUUCGGCACCGAAGACCCGACCGGCCGCUGCACUAGUGACGUUCAUCGCCGUCAUCGUCCUUGGGCAUGCGUUUGCGGAAAGAUUUUAGUCACGAGCGCGCCUUCUUUAUCGUCCAGAUCAGCGGGUCGCACAGAAUAAAUUUCAAUUAGGCCACGCAGGAGAGAAUCGAAUUGACAUCUCGCCGAUCUAAGGAACGAAUUCAUUGUGUUGUGACCUGGACUUUUCUAAGCGCGCAUUUAUGUAUUUAACGUUGUAACUUAUCCUUAUAGCUACCGAGCAUUUUCCCAAAGACGCUUCGUAGGAUUAACCAAAUGCAGAUAAUUAACGAGAAGUGGUCAAGAUGGGUGAAACUUUCUUCAGAAUUAAAAAACUUUUCUUCAGAAAUGGCAACACCAGCUAAACCUGAUGCUGGGCCAAGGAAGCGGCGGAAGCCGAACGUCUGGAGAAGAUGUUGAAGAUCGAGAACGAGGAAAACGCAGCCGCGAACGAUCUCGCGCUGG